UAAAUAUAUUCUUUGGCGUUCGCUCAUCGCUGACCAAGCGAAGCGUAUUGUUAUAGUUUGUAAAAUAUCUCUUGUUAAAAUAAGACGUCAUCUCGUAUUAAACUGUACUGUGAUUUAAUUUCCUUUCUUGUUGUGAUUUGCAUAUUAUCUAAUAUUAUAAAGCAACAUUAUGCCGUCGGCGCGAGGUGUUAAGCGAACUGCAUCUAAAACAUCGGCGGUUACAGCAUCUGCCGCACCGAAAAAUAAGAAAAAACGAACAGCAUUUCAAUUAGAGACCCCUACAGCUCCGAAGAGGCGAGGACAUGUACUUACUUGUGGACAAGGCGAUGUUGGACAAUUGGGGCUCGGGGAGGAUGUUAUUGAGACUACCAAAUUUAAGACUGUCUCUGCGCUUGGUAACAAAAUAGUGGACAUCUGUGCUGGUGGUAUGCAUACUGUUGCAUUGGAUUCUGAAGGAAAGGUUUGGACAUUUGGGUGCAAUGAUGAAGGUGCACUGGGUCGGCCAACAAGUGGUCAAGAGGAAGAAGGUAUAGCCAAAGCAGUGAUUCUGCUCGGAAAGGCUGUUGCCAUUUGUGCUGGAGAUUCACAUUCUGCUGCGUUACUCGACAAUGGUGAUGUGUACGCUUGGGGUUCUUUCAGGGAUUCCCAUGGAAGCAUGGGGUUAGUGGUACGAGCGCGGGAAGGCAAGGCAUGCAAGGAACCAGUCAAGAUCAGUAUUCCAGAGCCAGCUGUGGGCAUUGCUUCGGGAGGAGACCAUCUUGUUGUUUUGACGAAUACUGGUGGAGUGUACACAAUGGGUUGUGGGGAACAAGGACAACUCGGAAGGUUGCCCCAGCGGUCAGCCUCCAGGGAAGCCAGACAGGGCUUCAGUGCUCUCUUGGCUCCAACGAAGGUGUCACUAAAGUUUCCAGCGCGAGUCAUUUGGGCGGGUUACCACGCAACGUUCGCAGUCGACGCGAAUACGGACAAAAUGUUCGCCUGGGGACUCAAUAACUAUGGACAGUUAGGAAUAACAGGUGAGAAACGUAAAGUAGCAUUAUAUUCACCAAUGGAAUGUGAUGCAUUCUCUACCACCGUCACAUGGAAGGAAGUGGCCAUUGGGCAGCACCACAGUUUGGCUCUGGACAACAAUGGACAAGUCUAUUCAGUAGGACGGUGUGAAUAUGGAAGGUUGGGUCUUGGUGACAGAACAACAGAUGCAGAAACAUUAGAAGCUAUCCCUAAACUGCAAAACAAGAAAUGCAUUAGCAUAUCGGCAGGAACUAGCAAUGGUUUUGCUGUCACCGACAGUGGUGAGGUGUACGCGUGGGGUAUGGGUAGUGAAGGUCAGCUAGGCACGGGUGGCAGCUCAGAUGCCAAUGAACCCACCAUAGUGCAGCCUGUUCUGCCUGACAACACCGUUCCAGUAGCAGUCGCUGCGGGCGCCCAGCACACAGUGCUGCUAGUUGAGGAUAAGUCCGUGCAGAAAGAGGCGACGCCGCAACCUGAGCCGGAACCAGUCGAGGAUGUGGUUGACCCGGAGCCCGUCGAGGAGAAGCCGAGGUCCAAACGCGCGAAGGAGCAGGACCAACACAUAUCAUCUACCAGCUCGCAGAGUGAUGCCCAAGCGGCACAAGCAGAGAAAAUUAACGGUGACGAAAAGAAAGACACAGCUAUGGAGGUAGACGAUGCAGUUACAGAUAAAAUACAAAAUGACGAAGACCAACAGACAGACAAACAGAGUGUUGAAGAGAAUUCUGAACAAGAGGAAUCCAAACCUGAAAGCAUGGACACAUCCAGCCAAGACACUGUCGAAAGCCAACCAGAGGAAAAAGAAAAAGAGAGAGAAAAGGAAACCCCAGCAAUUGAACCAGCUGAAACAGAGAAAAUGGAUGAAGUGAACGGAACGGAGAAGGCGUGAUAGUGUUUUGUGAAUUGUGAUGUGUUUAGUGUUAAUUGUGACAUCACGGACAGAUUACCAAUGUGGUAAGAUGUUUACUUAAUUCAGAAUUUAUUCUGUUGGACAUGAUUGUGGAUUUCUUGAGCAUCCUGUACUGAUUCUAUUGAUUAAUGAUGUUUUGUUUGGUUCCUAAGUUGCAAUUGGUCUCAGUAUUAAGAGUGAUGACAUGAUCUGACCACAACAGUGAUAAUAUUAUUUGUUUCAUAACAUAAUGCAAAACAAGCUAUAUGAUCACAUAUAAACAAAUAGUGACUCAACUUGGCCAUUACACAGAGCCACAUCCCCUCCUGCGCGCGCCAUCAGCGGUCGUACCGAUUCAUUCCAUUGCAAAACGGUACUCGUGUUUACUCGUACGAAACCACUACACGAUUUUGCUAUUUUGUGAAAAUUUAUUAUCAAAUUAGUGCUUUUUUAAUUUAAAUAUGCUUACCAACUGUGCUAUAAGUGGUUAUGGGUAAAUGUCUUAUAGCAACUAUAUAAAUUAAAUUUGUAUACCAAAAUUUUUGGUCGAUGCAGGACUCAAACCCGCGUGUCUCAGCUCACGCUCCAACGAUCUACCAACCGUCCACACCCCACAUAAUCCGAAAACUUAACGAGUAUUUGUUCAAGUACAGGUUACUGCAUGUACAUCUCGCAUCAUCCAAAAAUAUUGUAUACAAAUUUAACUUGUAUAUUAGUCCCAGAAGUGAAAGAUAUCACUUUAAAAAUAUCAAAUUGUUUAAUUAUAGAAAGGUUUUGUGACAACCCUUACAAAUUUCUAACAACUAGACAUCAAGGCAGUGUUUCAGAUAUUUGGUGUUGUAGAUAGUGGCUGAAUACAGGAGUUGACUUACUAUUUGUAUUAUGUAUGUACAAAUAAUUGGGUUGCAUACCACAAACAAUAUGAAAACAUACUCCGUGGCUAUUCACAUGUCAUGUUUUGAUUGGUCUAUUAAUAUAUUUAUUAUUUAUAUUAAUCGCUUAUUACUGACAUAUAAAACUGUCUUAAAAUAACUUUGUUUAAAUAGCCAAAAACUAAAGCUUUCUAUUAUAACUUAAUCUUAUAAAUGUUAAUUCUAUUUUGUUUUAUUUGUUUGAGCACUUGUUAUAGCUCUAAAAUGGCUGCCGUUCUCAAGCAAUGAAGAUGGACACAAUUAAGGGGUCUAAUAAACCAUGAGCUUAUAGUCUUAGACAAAAAUGUGUUGAAUAGUGACAAAGCUGCUAAAAAUAUUAGCAAUUGUCUACAAAAAAUCUUGAGGAUUCAUUAGUACACUAAUAAAUGCAAUAAUUAGUAAAAUGUGACUAAAAGAAUGGUAUAUAUUGUUUUUCAUUAAUAACUCAUAAUAUGAAAUUUUGAUAAGAUUUUCUGUUAGAAGAGACAAUUUCCAAUAACUAGUAAGAUUUCUUAAGUUUUUUUUGCUUCAAAAUAUAUAGAGUUUAUUGUAGAAAUCUAAAUUAAGUAUAUAGAAUUAUAAGUGAUAAUUGAAAAAGGUUAAUAAAUUAAGGCCACAAUUCACCACCACAUUACUCUUAAUAUCUAAUUUCUAUUAUAAUUUAAGUAUUAGAGUAUUUGUGCAUGAUCAUGCAAUUUUAUAAAAAUCAACUCAAUGAAUUUUCUACACACCAGACCACCACCACGAGGUUAAACAUUACUAACACUAGUAGGAAUUAAAGUUGUCCCAUAUUGGGAUUCCGAAAUUCUGAUUAAGAUAUAAAAUUCUAACCACAAAAUUCUGAAUGAUUGAUAAUGUCUGAUAAUAAUUUAAUAAUCUGAGGUCAAUUUAAUUAUAACAGGAGCAUACAACGGACAAUUUUUUUUAUAUAUAUAUAAUAGGAUUUAAAAUUUAAUAUAUUGUAAGUUAUAAUAAAAUUUUAAAUGAAUCAAUUGAAUCAGUACGUCUCAAACAAAGGCCGUAUAGUAUAAGACUAGAUUCAAUAUUGUUACUAUUUUUAUCAUUGGUUUACAUUGUGAAUAUUUGAGAACUGUUGGUUUCAAAUAUGUUGCAGGUAUUAGAUAAUAUAUUUAUGGAUUAUAAAUCUUUAGCGUAAUCCAAUUUAAUAUUUUAUCGGAUAAAAAUAUUUUAUAUAAAGAUUUCUCUGGGGUACAUGAUUUUGAAGUACAAAGUGUACCACGCUAUUUCUUUAUUGUUAAUAUUAUACUUGUAAGUAAUGAUGUAUUGUGUUUUCAUAAUAAAUGUGUAGUGCAUAG